GCAGUAAAGAAGCAUGUACAUAGUUGACCGACACCUUUAACCCUGCUUAUGCCUGCUCUUAAAGUGUUUACCCGAACCUCAAUUUCGAGAGUUGAUGCGGUAGUAGCAAUGCCACGGAGACAUUCAGCUCUAACGGUCCCCCAUUUCGCUCUCAAGCAGCACAGUGUUAGCGUGCGGCGGACCCUGAACUUUCCAAAUCUGGCCAUGUCGUCAUAGGUAGUCAGUCGUCCGACUUAUACAUGAGGUGAACACUACUUUCUCUCUCAUUCAUAUAUCAACACGAGACAAAUCCGAGCAAGAUAUAACUCGGAUUGAUACCCGUCCUUUUCUCCAAUCUCUCUGAUCAACUUGACAACACAACAUAUAUCCAAGACUGUGUGUACAAACAACACCAAAACAAACCGCCAUUCAAAAAUGACGAGCUACAUCCCCCAGCUCACCCUCCCCUCCUCCAUCUUCAACUCGGCACCAGCCUCCAUCCUUCUGCCCAUAGCUUUGGGAACAGCCGUAGGCUUCGGCACAAAUCAUGCCUCCGACACAAAACGUUCAUACCACUCCCUCGCCCAACCCCCCCUCCGCCCGCCCUCCUCCGUCUUCGGUCCCGUCUGGACCCUCCUCUACGGCAUGAUGGGCUACGCCUCCUACCGGGCCUACCAAAUCGGCACCUCCUCCCCUUCCCUUCUCCUCAAUAACCCAUCCGUAGUUCCAACAACUUACCACACCUCUACACUCUAUACCAUCCAACUCGGUCUGAACUUGAUCUGGAUGCCUCUGUUUUUUGGUCUUCGUCGUCCCAUCCUGGCUACAUUGGACUGCGCGGCGCUGGUGGGGAUUAAUGCCUACUUGGCGUAUACAUGGGGGACAAAGAUUGAUCGGCUGGCGGGGUGGUUGAUGGUGCCGUAUGUGUGCUGGUUGGGCUUUGCUACGUACCUCAGUGCGGGAAGUGGGUAUUUGAAUGAUUGGGAUUUUAGCGAGGAGAGGAUUAGGAAGGGUGAGGAGGAGAGGAGGAAGAAGAAGGCUCAGGGGAAGGAUUUGUAAAGGGGGGUUGGGUGAUGGGAGAGCAAGCGAGUUAGCUUGGUUGGUGUUAGUUUGAAUGAGACGGGAAGUUGUUGUUGGUUUGACUUUCCCUCCUGUGUGAAACGGGAAACACACAUCUCGCUGUUGUUGAACUUGAGAGAUGUGAUACCAAUUGCAAAAUAUUUGCACGAGAAAACCACUGCUGUCAAAGUUGCUCUAAACCAGUUUUG